CUUCUUUUUGCGAGGAGGGGUAAAGUGAGAGUCGCUAUAUAAAGGGGAUUCUUUACUCUCCUGAGAUCAGAGUUAGUAGUAAUCACCAUAACUGUUCGUUUUACAAUUUAUAAGAAAAUAUCUCUUACAAGCCCACACACAAUGAAACUUCUGGCACUAGCAACGGUUUUAGCGGUCGCAUCUGCGAGGCCCCAACGCGACGCUUAUUCCGACGAUGUUCGGCAAAGGGAACAGCAAUAUGCUCCAGAUGACAGGAGAAAUUACACGACCCCCAUCCCCAUAAUCCAGUGGAACAAACAACAGGAUACCGAUGGAACCUACAAAACGAACUACGAAACGGGCAACAACAUAAUCGCCGAAGAAAGUGGUUACAUUAAAACACUUCAAGGAAAAGAUGGAGAGGCUGUUCCAUCUUUGGUCCAGGAAGGAAGUUAUUCUUACAACAGCCCAGACGGUCAGGUGAUAAACACUCGUUACAUCGCUAAUGAAUUCGGAUUCCAAGUAUUCGGAGAUCACCUUCCCACCCCACCCCCGGUGAGCGAGGAAAUUCAAAAGGGUUUGGAUCUGAUCUACGCAGGAAUUCGCCUUCAGGAGGAGGAAGCAGCCCGCGAAGCAGCCUCUGGAAAGCAAGGACCUCCAGCUCCAGCUCAAGCACUCGAUCGACGAGAUGAUAAAGAGAGAUUUUACAACCAGAGACAGUAAAAAGUUUCAGGUACCUUGACCCCUCCCUUAUUUUCCUUGUAACAUUUCCUUUACUCCCCGCGCACUCCUGCCACUAUUUUUUUACUACACGCCCGGUUCCCUGUUCCCUUAUCAAUAUACAUGGUAUAAUUUUACUCUCAAAUUCAUUUUGCAUUUUCUUUUGAAUUUUUCACAAUAAUCAUAUUACUGAAUAUAUUUUUCAAUAUACAUUA